AUGUUUCAUAUCGCUUUGUUGCUGCUAAUCGGCCAAGUGUUCUUGCUUAUUGGCCUUGGCAGCGCGAUAGUGAAAUUCUUUAUGGAUUUCACCUUGAAGUACAUGCGCCCGGAGGAUCUUGGAAUUCCGGAGGAUGACGACGAUGGCGACGACGUGAAAGCUGACUUUGUUGACGAAAUGACCUCUGACGAAGACCCCGACUUUAACGAAGACCUCGACAGUAAAGUGGAAAUGUAUGAAGAAGAGAAGUUAGCCAGUGAGGACGAAAACUUUAGUCUAAAGACUGAUGACUACGUCUUAAAACUUGAGAAAGAGGAUUCUGAAAAGUCUCGCAUGAUAGAAGAACUGAAAGAGAAAAUAGAAGCCCUGACAGAAGACAGGGAAAAGAUGGAGCGAGCCACACGAGACUUGGAACGACUGCUCGAAGAGAAGGAGAUGAUGAUCCAUUUGAUGCCAGCUGAAAUGGACAUACUCCAAAAAGAAAUAGCUGCAAAGACGGAAGAGACCGAAAAGCUACGAGAGGAGAACGAAGAUAAAAACUCAACUAUAACCAUCCUGGAGAACACGGUCGUAGUUCUCGAUAUGGAGAAGGAGACCUUGCAUCGGGAUUUGAGUAAAAUGGAAGAUGACAGAAAUCUGUUAAAUGUUCAGCUGAACAAGCAGAAGGAGGACUUGCAAAGACUCCGAGAAGAGAAUCGGAGGAAACAGAAGGACAUCGAGGUUCUUCAGAAGGAAAAUGAGCUAAGGAACCUAAAGAUUAAUGGCUUAGAAAAUGAAAUAGAAGAAUGCAAGCUUCAAAAACAGAGGGCUGACGAAAAUUGGCAACAACUGCAACAAUGUAAAGCAGAAUUAGCCGAGAGAAAGGAGGAGCUCAAAGAGCUCAAAGAACAUAAUGUCCAAAAGGACAAAGAAAUCCUGAGACUGGGAAGUGAAUGCUCCCAGAUGCAAGAAGAUAUCAUCUGUCUCUUAAAAAUGGUUAAAAUUGUUGCUGCAGAAAAGGGAAAAAGAAAGGAGCUGAGUGAGAUGAAGAGGAGGAAAGUCCAACUCGAAUUCGAACUCGCUGAGAUGAAGGAGGAACAGGAGACGAUUGAGUUUGAAAAGAUGGAGGCAAUCGUGGAAAUUGAAAGACUCCAAGAAGAGAACGUUGCAAAGGAUCACAAGAUCAGAUCCUUAGAAGAGCAAUUCAGAUUUCUUAAAAUGAUGCCGAACGAACAGCCUGUACUACAAACGACAGGUGAAAUGAAAGUCUCUCGAUAA